AUGAUCAGCGGAUCCACGAAAAUGCCUUGGUUCGAAGACUUCAGCGUUGUCGCGAGACCCGCCUAUUUCAUCUUUGGCCUCCUGCUUUUGGCCAUUUCGUCUACGAUCUUAGCGAGACGGGUAACUACGAUUUACAACCUCUUCUAUCCUAACCGAGAUGGAAGGCCUGAUUCGACUCAACCGCCGUGGUAUGAACUGGUAGAUGAGCAUGCCGUGGAUAGCGAGAGCGGAGAGGAGAGCGGAGAGGAGGACAACUGGUUGUAA